UCUGGGAUGUGGCUGCAGCUCCUGGGGAAGCAGUCCGGCGGCUGCCCCGACCCUUUUCCUUCAGAGCCUUCUGGAAGAUUCAGCAGCAGUAUCUACUGUCUCUCUCCACUGCCUGUCCACCCCAGAAAGCAGAAUCUGCAAAGUGCCUUUCGUAAACUUCCUUAAGGGAUCCGUCUCGGCCAAAAUGAACCCCAAGGAAGAAAAAGUAAAAAUCAUUACAGAGGAAUUCAUUGAGAAUGAUGAGGUCGCAGAUGGGAGAAGGAAGAAGACCUCGAAGGUUCAACGACAACGAGGAAAGAAACAGACUCUAACCACUGGCCCUGAGGAAAUGGUGUUGGAAAAAUCCCACCUUGGCAACCAGCAGGAUCCUAUGCAGGAAGAGCCUGAGACUCACCUUGUGAGCAUGCCGUCCAGGCAGGGGCCGCGGAGCUUACCUCCAAUCCCUUCAGCUUCCAGAACAGGCUUUGCAGAGUUUUCCAUGAGGGAGCGCAUGAGGGAGAAAUUACAAGCUGCACGGUCCAAAGCAGAAAGUGUGUUGCUGCAGGAAAUUCCCACCCCACAGCCCAGGCGCUUACGAAGACCAAGUGAGAAAGAGUCGGAGACUGAAUUUGGCACUGAGUCAGGUAAAGAAGUACGAAGGACCCAACCAGAAGAUGAUUCCCAAAGUUAUUCAAGAGUCAAGUUCGAUAAUUCUGUACGAAAAAUCAAGUCGAAACCCCAGACUCCACCUGGUUUCCCUUCUGCAGAAGAGGCCUAUAACUUCUUUACUUUCAACUUUGAUCCUGAACCAGAAGAAUUGGAAGAAAAACCAAAAGCAAAAAAUAGAGAAAGAAGUAAUCAAGAGGAGGAAGGAGAAGAAGAGGAACCUCCUAUACAAGAAGGGGAUGAAGAAGAGCUGCUCAGUGGUAAAGAUGCUGAGGACUUCCUAUUAGGCUUAGACCAGACAACUGAUGAUUUUCUGGAAGUCAGACCUGCAGAUUAUGAAAGUGUGCAUGUCCGGCUGCAGAUGGAAGAAGAAGCCCUCUUCAUCCCCAGUAGACUGACAGUGCCUACCUAUAGAAAGCUUCCUGAGAAUGUGCAGCCCAGAUUCCUGGAGGACGAAGGCCUCUACAUUGGGGCAAGACCCGAGGUGACGUGCACCAACCAGAACAUCAUGGAGAACAGACUGCUGGCCCAGGACCCGGAGAAAAAGUGGUUUGGAGAUGAUGGCAGAGUCCUAGCACUGCCAAACCCCAUCAAGCCGUACCCUACGAGGCCCCCAGUGCUAACAGCGGGACAGAGCAUUAAAGAAGAACUUGAAACAUUGUAUAAAAAGGCUGUGAAGUACAUCCACAGAAGUCAGCACAUGAUUGGAUCUGGAGACCCUCCUGGAAAUUUCCAACUGGACAUUGAUAUUGCAGGGUUAAUCUUCACUCAUCACCCCUGUUUUAGCCGAGAGCAUGUUUUGGCAGCCAAGCUGGCUCAGUUAUACAACCAGUAUCUUGCAAGACAGCAGAGAAACAAGGCGAAGUUUCUUACUGAUAAGCUCCAAGCUUUAAGACAUGCUGUUGAGUUCGGCCUUAAUCCAGAAAAACCUCAUCAGUCACUUGAUACAACCCAGAAAACCAUCAAUGAAUAUAAAUCAGAAAUUUGGCAAACAAGAAAACUGCGUGAUGCUGAACAAGAAAAAGAUCGAACACUGCUUAAGACCAUCAUUAAAGUUUGGAAAGAAAUGAAAUCCCUUCGAGAAUUCCAGAGGUUUACGAAUACGCCCUUGAAACUCGUUUUGAGAAAGGAAAAAGUUGACCAGAAAGCAGAUGAAGAAGCAUUUGAAGCAGAAAUCCAAGCUGAAAUCAGUGAAUUGUUGGAAGAGCACACAGAAGAAUAUGAACAGAAAAUGGAAGAGUACAGAACUUCAUACCAGCACUGGAAAGCCUGGAAGAAAGCCCAAAGAGCCAAGAAGAAGAAAAAAAAACACGCAGCAGAGGAGCAUCCUGAUGAAGAGAUCGAAGAGCCGUAUCCUGAAGAGGAGCCUGUGAAGCCCAUCCCUCCAGACCCUCCAGACAGGCCCGUGAUAGAGCAGCAGGUGAGAGAGAGAGCGGCCCAGAGCAGGAGGAAGCCCGGGGAGCCUGUGCUGGUCCCAGAGCUGAGCCUGGCAGGGAGCAUGACGCCCAAUGACCAGUGUCCCAGGGUAGAGGUCCUGCGGCGGGAAGACGUGAAGAGGCGCUCAGUGUACUUGAAAGUGCUCUUCAACCACAAGGAGGUCUCCAGGACAGUCAGUCGGCAGCUAGGAGCAGACUUCCGAGUUCACUUUGGACAGAUUUUUAACUUGCAAAUACUCAACUGGCCAGAGAGCUUAACACUGCAGGUCUAUGAAACAAUUGGACUUAGUAGUACCACCUUGCUAGCAGAAGUGUUUCUGCCUAUUCCUGAGACCACUGUUGUCACCGGAAGGGCGCCUAUUGAAGAAGUGGAGUUUAGCAGUAACCAGCAUGUGACACUGGACCAUGAGGGAGUAGGAAGUGGAGUGCCCUUCUCAUUUGAAGCUGAUGGCAGUAAUCAACUGAUCCUAAUGACUUCAGGGAAAGUGUCCCACAGUGUGGCAUGGGCUAUUGGAGAAAAUGGAAUACCUCUAAUUCCUCCAUUGUCACAGCAGAGCAUUGGAUUUCGGAGUGCUUUGAAGAGAGCAGAUGCCAUCUCAUCUGUUGGGACAUCAGGACUAGCAGACAUGAAAAAGUUGGCCAAGUGGGCAGCAGAGUCCAAGCUCGACCCGAAUGACCCCAACAACGCCCCUUUGAUGCAGCUAAUCCUGAUUGCAACCAGUGGUGAAUCCUAUGUCCCUGAUUUCUUUCGACUGGAACAGCUGCAACAGGAAUUUAACUUUAUUUCAGACGAGGAAUUAAAUAGAUCCAAACGAUUCAGGCUUCUUCGUCUUCGAAGCCAAGAGGUGCCAGAGUUUCGGAAUUAUAAGCAAAUUCCAGUAUAUGACCGAGAAAUUAUGGAAAAGGUAUUCCAGGACUACGAGAAACGGUUACGAGACAGAAAUGUAAUUGAAACCAAGGACAAUAUUGAUGCCCAUAGGGCCAUAGUAGCCAAGUACCUCCAGCAGGUUAGAGAAUCAGUGAUAAAUCGUUUCCUAAUUGCAAAACACCAUUUUCUUCUUGCUGAUUUGAUAGUAGAAGAAGAAGUUCCCAAUAUCAGCAUUUUGGGCCUAAGCCUUUUCAAACUGGCUGAACAAAAGCGACCACUGAGGCCAAGGAGAAGGGGUCGGAAGAAGGUGACAGCCCAGAACCUGUCUGACGGAGACAUCAAGGUGCUGGUGAACGUUAUCCGGGCUUACGAUAUCCCGGUGAGGACGCCGACAGCGAGCAAAUUCCAGAAGCCAUCAAGGUCUUCAAGGACUUUCAGAGAAAAGCAUCCUGCCUCCCCAAGCACACACAGCCCAACGCACAGUGCUGACUACCCUCUCGGUCAGGUUUCAGUACGUCCUUUUGUAGAAGUCUCUUUUCAACGAACGAUUUGCCGCACAACUACAGCUGAAGGACCAAACCCCAGCUGGAAUGAAGAACUUGAGCUUCCGUUUAGGGCCCCUAACGGGGAUUACAGUACAGCCAGUUUGCAGUCAGUGAAAGACGACGUAUUCAUUAACAUCUUUGAUGAAGUCAUGUACGAUAUCACAGAGGAUGACCGUGAAAGAGAAAGUGGAAUUCAUACACGUAUUGAAAGACAUUGGUUGGGAUGUGUGAAAAUUCCAUUUAGCACAAUAUAUUUCCAAGCAAGGAUUGAUGGAACAUUUAAAAUAAAUAUUCCACCAGUUCUUCUGGGCUACAGUAAGGAGCGACACAUUGUUGAACGGGGCUUUGAUUCUGGCCAAAGCUUAAGUGAGGGCUCUUACAUCACCCUGUUUAUUACCAUUGAACCUCAGCUGGUUCCUGGGGAGUCAGUUCGAGAAAAGUUUGACUCUCAGGAAGAUGAGAAAUUGCUUCAAGCAACAGAGAAGUUUCGAGCUGAUUGUGCCUUAAAGUUUCCAGAUCGACAGUGCCUUACCACCGUAAUUGACUUGAGUGGAAAAACCGUUUUUGUUACCCGUUAUCUCAGACCUUUAAACCCUCCUCAGGAGCUCCUUAACAUGUACCCCAAUAAUGCACAGGCAACUGCAGAACUGGUGGCUCGCUAUGUUUCCUUGAUCCCGUUCUUGCCUGACACCAUUUCAUUUGCUGGUGUCUGUGACCUGUGGAGCACAUCUGAUCAAUUCCUUGAUCUCCUGGCAGGAGACGAAGAAGAGCAUGCAGUAUUGCUAUGUAAUUAUUUUCUGUCCCUGGGUAAGAAGGCCUGGCUGGUAAUGGGCAAUGCUAUUCCUGAGGGUCCAACUGCUUAUGUACUAACCUGGGAGCAAAGUUAUUAUUUCCUGUGGAAUCCCUGCAGCGGACAUUUUUAUGGACAAUUUGAUACAUUCUGUCCUUUGAAAAGUGUGGGCUGUUUAAUAGGUACUGAUAAUGUUUGGUUUAAUAUUCAACCAUAUGAUUCUCCACUAAGGAUAAAUUUUGACGUCACCAAGCCCAAGCUAUGGAAACCUUUCUUUUCAAGAAGUCUUCCAUAUCCUGGCCUUCCCAGUGUCCAGCCUGAAGAGCUAAUUUACCAGCGCACAGACAAAGCGGCUGCAGCUGAACUACAAGACAGGAUUGAAAAAAUACUAAAAGAAAAAAUCAUGGACUGGAGACCACGCCACCUGACUCGGUGGAAUAGAUACUGUACCUCUACUCUACGCCACUUCCUGCCUCUGUUAGAAAAAAGUCAAGGAGAGGAUGUAGAAGAUGACCACAGAGCAGAACUGCAGAAACAGCUAGGAGACUACAGGUUCUCUGGAUUUCCCCUUCAUAUGCCCUAUUCCGAAGUGAAGCCUUUAAUUGAAGCGGUGUAUAGCACUGGUGUGCAUAACAUUGAUGUUCCUAAUGUUGAAUUUGCUCUAGCUGUAUAUAUCCACCCAUAUCCCAAAAAUGUUUUAUCUGUUUGGAUCUAUGUUGCCUCCCUUAUACGUAACAGGUAAUUUUUUUCACUUUUUUUUAUAUCUUGUAAAAACUACAAUCAGGAUAUGAUAAUAUUUUUAUACUGAUCACAUAUGAAAUGUUACUUUCAAAAUAAUGAAAUAAAA